GCAUGGCGGGACCCGGGGUGACGCGACGUCGAAAAAGGCGGGGAAGAUUCCCAAAACCCUCGGAAAAUCGUCCAAAAAAUUUUCCGACGGUUUAAAAAAUGAUUAAAAUAAUUGUCGCAUCAGAUUUUUACAAAUAAUUGUUUGUUUAUCAAUUGUAUCAGUGAUACGUCAUUCCGCAGUGCAUCUUGGGUAAUAGCGCGGAAUGACUGAAACCGGACCAUACCCCCACUCUAUCCCCUCCUCCAAUGCGAAAAAAAACCGCGAAUAUCUCAAAGAAGAAUCAAGAAAAAAAUUUUCAAGUCCCAUUAUAAAUAAUCUAAACAUUUCCACCAACAUUAACGAAACCUGCCAGCCCCUAUUAGUCCUACAAAAACGCUCACCUUUUAAUUAAUAGUAAAUAAAACCCAUUAGUCCUUACAACCUCACAAGCCAUUUCCUCAAUUUUGGAGUUCAGUAAAAAUUCAUUUAUCAGCAACAAAAAUCCUGUCAAUGCCAACGGAAGCCGCCAGUCUACAUUAACAACAACUCGGAUGCCAGCUAUGACAUGAUCAGGAAGGAACCAAAAAUUAGAAAGAGAGAACCCAAUGACUCCCCAACCAACAAUAUUUCAAUAAUAUAUCGACAACAACUAACGUUCUGUUGAAUGUUAAAAUAAACUGGUGAAUAUUAUUUGCUGGGUGAGAUUAAGAAACGGGAAUUGGAUUUUUAAUUAAUCCACCCGUCGAAUUGAAAAUGAAAAUGAAUCACUUCCUUCCGUAAAAGGGAAGAAAUCGAAGACAACCCGCAUUUACAAGAAAAAUAUUCUGAAAACCAAUAAAAUUUCCAGUCCCUUAUUACUAAUAUAAGAAAAAUUGUCUUGAAAUUAUGUGCAAUAAGAAAUGUAAAGGCUCCAUCCUCAUUAGCAGGAGCAGGUAUUGCAAAAAAAGGAUAAAUAAUCUUCUUAGUAUUUUGCAAAAUCGUUUUAUAACAUGGCGAAAUAGAAAAGGGUGUAUUUUCAAAUGUUCAAAUGCCUCAUUAUCCCCACCAUUUUCCACUCCAGCCAAUCCCGUUUCGCCCAAUCGGCGGUCCUGCCGCUUUACGUAUAUAGGAUGGGAGAGUUGGCACACCCAACUAGUGUGCGUCUGUGUCUCAAGCGUACUCUGAACCCAAGAAACGCUGGAACAGAAUCUCGUAGCCAUUGUUGGAUAUCCGAAGCGAUCGUUACAUUCUCCCUCGGAGAGUGUGAAAAAUUCUCGGGGAAAAAAAGUUCACCCUGUUGGGAAAAAAAAAUUCAUUUCUCACACCUAAUCACCGUUAAAAUUCGUUAAAACAUUUCCCGAAAAUCAUGGACAAGUGUUCGCUGAGUUGGUUAAAACCCCGCGCGUCGUGUUAAGAUGAACUGAACGUUACCACGGCGUUUAUUGAGUGAGAUAGACGCAUUCGUAAAAGUGAGUGGUAGUGACAAACGGUGGGAGAAACAACUUCGGGGUCGGCCAUAAUACCCAAACGGACCAACCAAACUCAUCAAGGGAGAAAGCGCUGUGGAAUUAUCGGCGUUAAGGCGUUGUGCGUGUGUGUGUCCAACAAUAGCCAGUGGAUUUAUGGAAAUUUUUUUAUGGAUAAAUAUUGUGUGCACGAGUGAUUUUUGGAGUUUUUAAUGGAAUUUUUAAGCAGAUGUUGCUAUCUCGAAUUCUGGGUGGAGUACAGGGGUUAAUCGUUGGUUUACAGGGCUGACAUAUCAAGUAACUACCUUCUGGUAGGCUAUUACUUGUUGUUAUGCCUCAACACCAUCACCGAGAAUUGGUAAUAUCUUCGUAAAGGAAUUUUCAUGUUCAACAAUGAUCAAUUGUAUCAUUGUCACCUCGAUUGUUGGUGAAGCCUCGUAGCAUUGGGCAUCAACGUAAGGCAGUUGUCUGCUACAUUGCAUUUAUGUACCAUUUAUGUCUGAAAGAAACGAAGCAACCAUGCAGCAGCAGGUGGACACCAAUUCGCAGAAUAACUCUUUAGACGUGGAGGAGCGCGAAAGGCUGUGUAAUAUACCGAAGACAAGCGCCCCUGGAACGACAACAGGAGCAAAAUUUGUACCUGCGAAAACUCCACCGCCUCGCGAUGAGCCGACAGUCGAACCGGUCAAUGGCAUUGUCCAGCCACCUGUGGUACCACCACCCACGAGGCCAGGAAGAGUGACAAAUCAACUUCAGUUCCUUCAGAAAGCUGUCCUAAAACCAGUAUGGAAGCACCAGUUUGCUUGGCCCUUUCAACAGCCAGUGGAUGCGAAAAAACUGAAUCUACCGGAUUAUCACAAGAUAAUAAAACAACCGAUGGAUUUGGGGACGAUUAAAAAGCGUUUGGAAAAUACGUACUACUGGUCAGCGCGAGAGGCCAUUCAGGAUUUCAAUACCAUGUUCAGAAAUUGUUAUGUUUAUAACAAACCUGGGGAGGAUGUCGUAGUCAUGGCGCAAGCCCUUGAGAAACUAUUUCUGACGAAGGUAGCACAAAUGCCUCGAGAGGAGAUGGAGUUAGAGGCUCCUGUGACAAAGGGUCCGAAAGGAAAAAAGGUAGGUCGUGUGGCACCGCUGCCAGGACCACCGGCGCCAGGAGCGGUGCCAGGUCCAGUGGCAGGUGUUGGUAGAGGCCGUCCAUCAUCAGGUGCAGCGACAGUAUCCUCAAGCGUUCCCAAUAGUCUCCCUCCAACGGCGACAACAACAGGAACAACUGGAGCUGUACCAAUGCCACCAAUUGGCACACAAGCACCACCAACUGUUCCUGGUAGCACCAAUACCACGACAAUAGCUCCUCCACUGACUAUUAGUGUCAUACCAAUGGCAACCCACAAUUCUUUACCCCAACAAGUUGUUCCACCAGCCACUGGUUAUCAUGCACAACCGGCCAUUGAACCACCAACACCACCAGUACAGCCAACACCUCAGGUAGCAGCAGCACCUACUGUUCUGCCACCAUCUCAACCAGCUAAACUCAAGAAAGGAGUUAAGAGAAAGGCGGAUACAACUACACCUACUGCGAAUUCAUUUGAACCUAUGUAUCCUCCGAUGGACUCGAAAAUUGCUAAAAUACCAACGAGGAGAGAGUCCGGCAGACAGAUCAAGAAGCCAUCGAGGCAAGCGGAAGACGGCCUUGUGCCAUUCCACCAGGCCAACAUGCCCCUCAUGGGAGCAAUGGCCCAACAGCCUCAACACGCGAGUGGAAAGUCGAAGGAGAAGCUCUCGGAAGCUCUGAAGUCCUGCAACGAAAUUCUGAAGGAGCUUUUUUCAAAGAAACACUCGGGCUAUGCGUGGCCAUUUUAUAAGCCAGUUGAUGCUGAAUUACUGGGUCUCCAUGAUUACCAUGACAUCAUAAAGAAACCGAUGGAUUUGGGUAGUGUGAAAACGAAAAUGGAUAGCAGAGAGUACAAAACAGCUCAAGAAUUUGCUGGCGAUGUCAGACUUAUCUUCACAAAUUGUUACAAGUACAAUCCACCUGAUCAUGAUGUCGUGGCGAUGGCGAAAAAGCUCCAGGAUGUUUUUGAAAUGAGAUUUGCCAAGGUCCCGGACGAGCCCAUGGGCAGGAUUAUGGCGAUGAAAGGUAGCAGCAGUAGUGGCAGCAGUUCAGGGUCUGAUUCGUCGUCAGAGACUGACGAUUCUGAGGCUGAAAGAAGAGAGAGGCUAGUGGCGCUUCAAAAAGAGCUGAAAGCAAUAUCCGGACAGAUAGAGAAGCUCGUAGAAGAGUCGGAUCGUAAGAAGAGUAAAAAGAAGAAGCCGGAGAAGACGAAACCAAAAUCUCUGAAUCGUGCCCCAAGUAUGGGUAGUCACAGUGGUGCCAUGGAAAAAUUGAUGAAGCCUAACGUUGGAAUGGCAAAUGUAACAGACAGUGCUCACGCCAGUAUAGCGAGUGUUGCAAUGGGUGGUGGUGAUCUUAAACUACCAUCAGGUAUGGGUGUUAAUGUAGGUAUGGUUGUUCCUGAUCAUCAUCAAGGAAUGUCAGCAGGUGGUGGUAAAGCACAUGCAACAGCAUCAGCAAGUGCCAAGCAGACUAAAACAAAGAGCCGGGGUCCAGGUAAGGCAGCUACCCAAAAUGCAACUCAGAAGAGACCAAAAACAAAUAGCAGAUCAGCUGGUGCAAAGAAGAAAAAUGCAACGAGUCAACCACCACCAAUUGCUUUUGAUUCUGAGGACGAGGACAAUGCUAAACCAAUGUCUUAUGAUGAAAAGAGACAAUUGUCAUUGGAUAUCAACAAAUUACCUGGUGAUAAGUUGGGAAGGGUUGUCCAUAUUAUUCAGUCGAGGGAGCCAUCGCUCAGGGAUUCCAAUCCUGAUGAAAUUGAAAUUGAUUUUGAGACACUCAAGCCUUCUACACUGAGAGAAUUGGAGAGCUAUGUAGCGUCCUGUUUGAGGAAGAAAAUUCAUAAGAAGUUGAGUGGCAAGAGUAAAGAUGAGCAGAUGGCGGAGAAGAAACAGGAGCUUGAGAAGAGGCUGCAGGAUGUCACUGGACAACUGGGCAAUGUUAAAAAGGCACCUAAGAAAGAAGACAGCAGUAAAUCAGUUGAUGUAGUUGGGCCAGGUGGUGCGAGUGGGCCAUCGCGGCUGUCGGCGUCGAGCAGUAGCAGCAGUGACAGUGAUUCCAGCAGUAGUUCUCUAUCAUCGAGCUCCAGCGAUUCCAGCGACAGUGAAGCAGGUAAUUCAACGAGUCGUCCACCUCGAAAGAAAGCGAAGAAAACACCUGGCAGCGGAAAUCUCACACUUCCGGCAAAUCACUCAGGGAAUCUACUGUUGAACAAUCAAACGAGUGGAAACAUAACUGGACUUGUGGUGAAGCCCGUCUUACCGCCGUCCAAUCAGCUCUCAUCGGAUCAAGGAGGUAAUCAAGCAGCAAUAGGUGUGGCAGCAGUAACAGCAGCCCAGGUGAUGCCAGUGGCCAGUCAUGCAUCGAUGCCGGCUCAACCGCAGAGGCAAACAGCACUGGCUACUCCAGCACCGGCUAAAAAACCAACACCUCCACCACCAGCCACCUCAAAUCCGCCCACUCCAUCGGUUACUGUACCAACACCACCACCAUCAGUGACACCAACAAGUAUCAACACAUCGGUACCCUCUCCCGUUGUAACGCAUACACCCCAGGCACCUACCAGUGCUUUCCCAGCUGUUACAGCACCCUCGGAAGCUGGAGGCAUCGGUCAGCCGGAUCUACUGGCAACUUACAAUUCAUUAGCAUCAAUACCAACGAGUCAGUCAUCAGUGGACGCCCAAAAUAACAUAAAGAAGGAUAGCCACAUGCCAAUGGUGCCGAGUAUGCACCCACUGACACCCAACAACACGAAUAUGAACAUUCUCCAGGACAUGAAAAAUUCAGUGAACAUGAUGCCAUCGUCCUUGCCGUCGACCCUGAAUCUAGCCGGCCUCAACAUGUCCAAUCUUGGGCUCAACCUACAACAAGGAAUGAGCCAGAAUCCAAUGUCCCUGCACAAUCAGCUUGAGAGUAUGAUGAAUACAUCGAAUCUUCAGAACUCUCACAGUAUGAUGGGUACAUCUCAACAGCAUUCAAACGGUUUCAAGAGGGACACAUCUCCUCAAAAUUUACUGAAUAACAAUGGCAUCCCUGGUAUGGCUCUGGGAAUGGGUCCUAUCAGUUCGAUAUUUGAUCCACCCAUGGUCCCCACCAUGCCAAUGAUUCCUCAACUUCCGGCUAAGAAAGAGGAGAAAAGCAUCAUUUCGCAGUCACAAAUGGCACAUAAACCUAUGGAUGCGGGAGCUUUCUUUGCAGAAAUGAAUGCCCUAGGAAUGCCCCCGAUCAGCAAUCAUGGGGGUGGACAGAUGCCCUCUGAGAAGAAGAUGACACCUCCUGAUUCCAAAAAUACAGCUAAUUUUGCUGCCGCUUUCAAGAAUAAGACGGUCGAGCAAAACGUGAAGAAUGCCUCGUCAUGGUCAUCGUUGGCGCAGGCCUCGAGUCCUCAAUCGACCGCUGGCAGUAGCAUGAAAACGGCAGCAAGGGACUCUUUCCAGGCAUUUAAAAAACAGGCGAAAGAGAAGCAGGAGCGCCAACGGCAACUGGUGGAGCAACAGGAGUUGAGGCGACAGCAGAAGGAGCAGGAAAGGGAACGCCUCAGGCAAGAGAAUGAGAGGAGGCAGCGAGAGGAGGAUGACGCCCUGGAGAAGGUCAUGAAAACAGUCACUGAUCAAGGUGCAUCCAUGCCAGCAGCCACAAGGGCUGAGGAAAUCAAGGUCUCCACUGAGACUGACAGCAACAGUCCGAGCCAAACGUCAGGGUCUGAUAAGGCUGCUGCCGAGAGGGAGAGGCAGAGACAACGGGAACAGGAACGUCGACGUCGGGAGGCGAUGGCCAACAAAAUCGACAUGAAUAUGCAAAGUGACUUGAUGGCAGCAUUCGAGGAAACGUUAUAAUAUUCCUCACCCCCAAGGACCAUCUAUAAGGACACUACGCCCUGCGUUCGCAGCCCGCUUAAGCCCCUCGUCCCGUUCAAUGCUCGCAACACCGGCAAGAAUGCCCGGAAAUUACAUUUUUGCCAGUGUUUUGUGCUCCCAUGGACAAUUCUGAGUGAUGCCCAUCCACUCAGGCCCAAAAAUAGAAAAAAAGAAUCAGUGAAAGACAAUUUUGAACACGGUAGUUCUAAAAUGGAAGGGAAAACGUGGAUAGUUGAUUGAAAGCGAUAAAGUGAUCCAGAAAGACAGUGUGUUUGUGUUUUCGACGGAUACACGAGCGUGACCCAAUGUAAUUAGUAAAAAAAAAUACUUACAAAACGCUACUCUCAUAAUUAACUGAUUUAAAGAAUUAAAAGAUAAAUCACAAGAAGACGACAGAGGAAGCUUCUAAGGAACCGACAUAAUUGUGUUAAGUUUAUCGGUUUUGCUAAGUUUGUACUUUAUGUAAAUUUCAAGAGGAAAAAAUCAUUAAAAAAUUAAUUAAAAAAAAUUAUAAAAUAUAAUGAGACGAGUGAUAUCUGAGAUAGACGAUGAGAAUGUGUGGUGAAAUGGCAGGAAAAAAAAAUAAGAAAAAAAAAAUUAAUUAGUCAUAUAAGAGAGAACUUAAAGUGUAAUGAUGACGAGUAUGACGUGUACAUUUAGUUAAGUUUUAUAUUUUUCCACAAUUCAGUCAUUAAUCGUUGGUAGGAGUUUAGUGAAGGUUUUGAUGAUUUUCGUUCCUCUGACGAUGAUUAUUCAGUUAUUGGGGAUUAUUAGUUGUCAUUAUUAAGGUCUGAGUGCUAUUUCAGGGGGGAGGGGGGUUGGGAUAAAUUGAGGAAUCCGUUGGGAAAGAUAGGUAGGACUUGUUGAGUCAUUAAUGUGCAAGGAUACCUAAUUAGAUGAUUUUUUUUUGAGAGAAAGAGAGAGUGAAUGGAGGAAAAUAUUUAUGACGGAUGUGAUGAGGUGAAUGGGAUUUUUUAGAGAAAAUGUCAAAUUAGAUUUACGGAGAUGAUUAAAGCUUGAAAAGUGGAGAUAAUGUUAUAAUGGAAAUAUAUUCAGAGCUUUUUGUAGGGGACUAAUUUGCCUAUGAAAAAAAAGUCUUUCGAUAUUUCCUCCUGGUAUCGUUCCUUCUCGGGAUGAUUAUGUAUUUGGUAGAAAAGUCUCAUUCACUCGUCGCGUUUCGUGAAUAAGCUACAUGAUUACAUAAAUAAAAUUAAAAUUACUGGGAAUCGGUUUAUUCCCAGAAGGUCGAUGUUUUCGGUAUGAUUAAUCAUCCUUGAACAAAUGCUGUCAAUUAUUACAAGAAUAAUGAAUGAGAAGGAGAAGGAAUAUUUCAAUUCAAUUGAUCGGAAGAAGAAACACUUUAAUUUUGUUUCUUAUCCAAGGAAAGUGAAACUUCCUGAACUUUUAGAACUUUUCAUUUCUCUUUGGAUGGAAAAUUCAAGCAAUACAUUGAACAAUUGAGGAUAUUUCUCGUUUAUAAACUUUGCAAAUGAAAAAGUACAAAAAGUGAUGGGAAUAUUUCUUUUGUAUUUAUAAUUAAAACCACGAUUAUUGAAUUCACUUUUGAAUAAAUUUGGGGGAUAUGUUCUCGAGAGAGAGAAUAUUCAAUUGAGACGUGUAACUGAAGUUAAAGUUGUAGUUUAGUCGCCCUAGAUAAUGAUUAUAAUGAUGAUAAACAGAGUUGAAUAAUGUGAACUGUAAAAUAUUAAAUUAUUUUGAAAAAUCUCAUUUUUGCUAUUUUUUUUGCCAGAUUCAUGAUUUUUAUUGUGUUCUUUUAAUUACUAUUUUUCAUGAGAAUCAUUCAACAAUUGAUCAAUUCAGUAAUUGAUUCAUCGAUUAGUCGAUAUUGCAAUAAAUAAAAUAAAUUCUAAAAGAAUUAUACUUGUUUUUUUCUCUUACUCUUUACUUCUGCUCAGUAAGAAAUAAAUAGAUGAAUAAAUUCAUUUGAUUCAAAAAAAUCAUUAAAAAAUAUCUCGCAAUUAUUCUUAAAAAAUAAUUAAAGCGAAUGAAAAAAAAUAUUCAAGUGAUUUUAGAUGGAAAGAGAAUGUGGAAUGUUAAGUUAGCGAGUUACAGGUAAAAUUCUGAAGUGAAGUUGGCGCUCUGUCAUUAUCUCGGUAAUGAGUGAUUUGGGGAGGAAAUGUCUUGAGACUUUUUUGUAGCUCGCGGAAUUCCCUAUAAAAAUGUAAUUUGAUAUUUUCCUCCCGGAUCGAUAGUUCUCGAGAUAAUCGCAGAAUUAGAGAGCUGUAAAAUUGAUUUUGGAUUGCUCACUUCACCGAUGAAUUCGUUUAUAUGUCAGACAAUUACUUUCUGAUUUUUAUUAAUUAGUUGUUAAUUGAUAGGGUAUAGACCGUGUCAUGUAUAGAUUUAAGUGUAUAGGUAGAAUUUAUAAAUGUGAGAAAAAUAUAUAUAGAGAGAGAAAGGGCGGCCUCUUUAAUCGAGAGUACACAAGUGAAUUUAUGACGUUUCAAUCAUGACUUUCAUUUAUUUUCCCUAUUUCUGUUAUUAUUAUUUAAUUAAUGGGUAUGUUAGGGAUUUAGGGGAGACUGUAGAUGAAAGUCUUAGUGGUGAAGUGAGAUGUAAAGAAAAACUAUGAGAAAAGAUGAAUUUUUCAUGAAAAUAAAUGAUGCAUGACAGGUGAACAUUGAGCUCUGGGGUAAAACGAGCUGAAGGAAAUGUGAAUAUUAUUUCAAUUUUACACUGCAGGGCAUUCCCUAAGUAUUCAACGAAGUCUCUCUCUUUGCAGUCCGUCCCUUACCCCUCCCCUUGCCCAAAUAGCAUGGCAGAAUCGAUAUUUUCCUUCACCGCGAAAUCUGGGGGGAAGAGUGGAAUAAAUUUGACAUUUUAUCUCAUCGAUGAGUCGUUAACAGAGAAAAUUCCAGAAAUGAUUUCUUAUAUGGAACUGAAUCCCCCAUCUAAAGUAGCUUCUGAUUUAUCUAUCUCUUAACCCUCUCGUCAAUGAGAUAUUUCAUUAACAACAGAUAAACGGUAAAAAACCGUCAAUUAAAAUAAAACUCAUUGCUUAUAUAAUCAUUAUUUCAUUAAUGAGUAGUGUUGAAUAAAAAAUGCAUGUAGAGCUUUUUCGUGGCAAAUGCAAUUCUCCACAAAAAGUAAUUUCCUAUUUUCAUGUCAACGCAUUCAUAACCGAGAUAAUCAAGCAAUCAAGUAGUUCUAAAAAUGAAAAAAAAUCGUCAAUUCAUGACGUUUCGCCCCUUUCCCUUCAAAAUCUCAGGUAACUCUCGCCCCACUCCCGCCCCUCAAUUACGAACUGAAGAGUGUAAAAAAGGCUUCCAAACCCUCAUAUUUCUACCCCCCCCCCCAUUGUUGUUCUCCUCUAAUUACCAAUUACUAAUGAUUAUUGUUAUUUGAAUUAAAUUGCCCCUCAAUGAUUAAAAAAAAUACAAAUUAGUGGAGAGAGAGAGAAAGAGAGAAAUCACUUCUCUCCACAUGAAAAAAAAACAUUAAAAAAUGACUAAUGAAUAGAAAAAAAAAUUAAUUAACAUCUGUACGACGAUAGAAUUAAGUGAGAGUACGUGUGAUAGAUAUUAUAGCUGUACAAUACACCAUUUAUAAGAAUUGUAAAUAGAAAUAACUCGUAAAAACUGGGACAAAAACCAAUAAAUUGGCAGCAAAAAUUGUAUAAAAGCCAAAAAAAGAAUCACCAUUUAAAUAAAAUAAAUUAAUGAACUUUGUAACAUUAACGUGAGGUCGAUAGACAGAGUGUAAGUUAUUACCUAGAUCUCAACGUGAGUUUAAUCUCCUACGAGCUAAUGAAUUUGCAAGAGUUACGAAUAGAUGAUUAAGUAAACACCAAAAUCACUCCUGUCAGAAGAAAUAAAUUUUUAUAAGUUCCCACUGGCGCACACUAUCUCCAAUGGCACAUGAAUUUAGAAAGAAAGGAAUUAUAUAUUGAACUUAAUUUUAAUUGACUAAUUAAUCGAUGAUUGAUUAUUUAUAGGGAUUAAUGAUGAUGGUUGUACAUAAAUAAUUAACUGAUGAAGUGAAAUAAAUGGCUAAUAAAAUGAU